CGUGCUGUGUUCAGAAGAGAGCUCAGAGACUCCAAAGACCAAAUCCAUCACAUAUCAGAGAAAAAACAGCAAAAUGAAGACCCUCGUUUGCGUGUCAGUCUUCUUCACGGUUUUGUUCCAAACAUCCUGCACUGUAACGGUGACGGAAGGAGACUUUCACUUCUCUCUGGAGGCGGUGAAAGCUCUCGGGGCUCUGAUGAGCGCAGAAGAGGACUCAUCUAAACAGGAAGUGAAGCAGGUGGAGGUCGAAACAGCGGCCGUGUGCUCUCACCCCGAUCUGCCCGAAGACUUCAAACCCCUGUGUCUGAGGGAGGAUGCAGGAGCAGCUCUGGCUCGACUCGCUGUGGUUGCUUCUGACGCUGACGCCUGCGAGAUCUGUGAAUCUGUCGCCUGUAUCGGCUGCUGAAAGGAAACCUGGUGUCCUAAAACAACGUCUCUUAAAUCCAAAAAGUCAUAUUUAAAAUGCUAAUAAAGAAAGUGGCAUUGAUUUCUUACAUGACAUGCCCAUUGAUUAUGUUGUGUUUCAUAUGUGUUUUGAACUUUGUGAGCUGAAAGCAUGCGGUCAAAUUUUUGUACAUCUGGUUAAAAUGUUAAAAUAUUUUUAUAUUGCCUUUUUAAUGAAAUCUCAAUAAAGUGUUUGAAAAAUCGGGAAA